UUUUUCUUUUCCUUUUUUUUUUUAAAUGUUUUAAUUUUGGCUGUCUGAGUCAUUUUACACCUAUAAAUAGCAGACGGCAAAUUCCCCAUUUGUCCCGAAACUCAAACAGCAAAAAUUAGCCAGCCGUCAUCAUGGCCACCAAAAUACUUCUCCUGACGUUCGCCAUCUGCCGCCUGAUCGCCGCCGUCGGGCUGACCCUCGGCUCCGCCGAGCUCCUCCACCUCGAGGUGGACGGCCGGCUCAGCCUGGACCCGGCCGACGCGGCCGCCGCCUCCCGCGACUUCGGCGGCGCGCGGGCGGCCCCGCCGAUGGCGGUUCUCCGCCCUGCCUCCGCCGGCGACGUGGCCCGGCUCGUGAAGGAGGCUUACGGGUCGGCCCGCGUGAUAGCCGUCUCGGCCCGGGGCCACGGCCACUCGAUCAGCGGCCAGGCUGCGGCCGGAGGCGGCGUGGUGGUCCAGAUGAGCGGUUCUCGUGAGGGCCGGCCGGUCGGGUCGGGAGAACCGGCGCCGCCUGUUGUUUCAGAGGAGUCGAUGUACGUGGACGCGUGGGGAGGGGAGCUGUGGGUGGAUGUGCUGAGGUCCACGCUGGAGUAUGGACUCGCGCCCAAGUCGUGGACUGACUACUUGUACCUUUCGGUCGGGGGUACAAUCUCCAAUGCGGGUAUAAGUGGGCAGGCUUUUAAUCACGGCCCUCAGAUCAGUAAUGUUUUUGAGCUCGACGUAGUUACAGGAAAAGGUGAAAUGUACACAUGUUCGGAGGAACAAAACUCGGAAUUAUAUCAUGCUGUUCUUGGUGGAUUGGGACAAUUUGGGAUCAUUACCAGAGCCAGAAUUGCACUUGAAAAAGCUCCCACUAAGGUGAAGUGGAUCAGGGUGUUGUACUCUAGUUUCUCGGCCUUCACGCACGACCAAGAGUACCUCAUCUCACUGCAUGGAAAAGAAGAGAAAUUUGACUACGUGGAAGGAUUUGUGAUCGUUGAUGAAGGCCUUAUUAAUAACUGGCGCUCCUCAUUCUUUUCCCCGCGAAAUCCUGUCAAGAUUUCCACUCUUAAUGCUGAUGGGGGCGUCCUAUAUUGUCUUGAAAUUGCUAAAAAUUAUGUAGAAUCUGAUGCCGAUACCAUUGAUGAGGAAGUGGAGGCCCUACUAAAGAAAUUGAAUUUUAUACCCUCUUCGGUUUUUACAACUGAAAUUUCGUAUGUGGAUUUUCUGGACCGGGUUCACAAGGCCGAGUUAACGCUACGAGCCAAGAACCUAUGGGAUGUUCCUCACCCAUGGCUAAACCUAUUUGUGCCCAAAUCAAGAAUUGCAGACUUCGAUGAAGGGGUGUUCAAGGGCAUUUUGGGCAACAACACUAGCGGCCCUAUUCUCGUCUACCCCAUGAAUAAAAACAAAUGGGACGAGAGAACAUCGGUUGUUACUCCUAAUGAAGACGUGUUUUACUUAGUAGCGCUACUUAGAUCUGCAUUGGACAAUGGUGAAGAGACGCAAACGUUAGAGUACUUGAGCAAUCAAAAUCGUCAAAUAUUGCGAUUUUGUGAAGAGGCCGGAAUAAAAGUUAAGCAAUAUCUACCUCAUUACACUACACAAGAAGAGUGGAAAAAUCAUUUUGGGGAAAAAUGGACCUUAUUUUCGAAAAGGAAGGACGAAUUUGACCCGAGGCAUAUUUUAGCCACGGGACAACGCAUAUUUACGCCCAAUCUUAAUCCUAUGGGAGCUUCAUAAUGGUGGAAAGAAUAUGACAACGUGUGGUUCAUUAUUACAUAUAUAUGUAUAGGUCUGGUAAAUAUAAGUGGAAGUUACACGAGGAUAUUUCAAUGUUUGGUAUUAUUUUAUUUUAUUUUAUUUUUGGUUUCACAUUUCCUUUGUGUGAGUGAUAGUAGUUGUUGUACUUGUAGUUUUUAUAUAAUUGUUGUAGUUAUUUUUACCGUAGUUAAUCAAAAGAUUUAUUCCUCGGGCAGUAUGGCAAGGAAAGUUAGUCGGAUUAUUA